AUGUCUACAAAUACGUCGUAUUGUGCAGUUGCUGAAUGUAGUAAUAGUGGACGUAAGACUGAAGGCGUAAUUUAUCAUCGUUUUCCAAAAAAUGUUGAACUACAGCGUAAGUGGAUUGCUCGUUGUAAACGAGAGGACAAAAUUAAUGUUAAUAAUGCAAGAGUUUGUUCUGAACAUUUUUGUGAAAGCGAUUACAAACGAGACUUGCAGAAUGAAUUAAUCCGUGGCCUUGGUGUCUUCUACAACAACCCCACUCCUUUUGAGGUGAAAAACAGAAUUCGUUUAUUGAUACUGACUGGAAGUGCAAGUGAAAUACCUUUGUCUUCAGGUGCUUCGACUUCAGAGGACAGAAAUGAGAAUUCUGUUUCUGAAAACUACCCGACACCAGCUGAUGAAACUGAGGAAGAUUUUGUACGUUUUCUCUCGAGUGAAUUAUGUAUAAGAGUAACUGAUAAAUCAUUUGACGUCGCUACAGAUGACGAAAACUUGCUCUUACAUUUCGAGCUCAGUGAUUCAGUGUGUACCAGUGAAGACGUGAAUGAGGAUGCUCUAAAAUAUCUAGCAGGAUAUAUAGCAUUCAAGUGCAAAAACGUUGACAGUUAUUUGGGAAAUACAGCAGGGCAGUGUGUUGUUGAUACAGAACUAAGUCUGAAGUAA